AUGCUCGGAUCACUGUUGGUGUGUGUUGCUUUAAUUCCGCUCUUGCAGUCUCAUGGAGCGCCGUCGCCUACCGCAAUCAUGCAACCGCUAUCUGUUUACGGAAGUGCCAAGUUUGUGCUUACAGCUGCAGUUGUGGUGGGUGGUGUGGUGUAUCCGUGGAGCUGCUUCUUGUUGCAGACGUGGAAUCCAUUUGCAUGGCUGUUUGACUUCCUCACUGAGUCAAGCAGCUCGUUGUCACUUCCGCUACCGACUCGAUUUGCGCUGAUGGGAUACUGGACAGCUUGUCUGGUCAUUUUGGUCCCGUUGUUUGGGUUUAUCUCGAACAAAUUCGCGCUUCGCAACAUUGUGGCAAGAAAAUUAUUCCACCUUUUGGUGGUACUGAUGUUGGGACCAGCAUCACUAUUUGAUGCCCCCAUGCUAUCGCUGAGCUACGGCGUUGCUCUUAGCGUCUUUUGCCUCGUGGAGUGCGUUCGUGCGUUAUCAUUACCACCUUUCGGUCGCACAAUCGCUAAGUUUAUGAGGUCGUUUAUCGAUCAUCGCGAAGCUGGACGUGUCAUCUUGACCCAUUCGUAUCUGCUACUCGGAUGUGCAUUGCCAUUGUGGCUUGUACCUUCUUCAAGCGCGUCUUCUCCACUUGUAAUGAAUGCUGGAGUUCUGGCGCUGGGUAUCGGAGAUGCAAUGGGAGCUGUAGUGGGUUCACGCAUCGGUAAACACAAAAUCUUCGGCAGCAAGACCGUGGAAGGAUCGGUCGCAGUAUUUAUUACGAUGGUACUUGCGUCGAUAUCGCUUCAGAACUAUCACACGCGUUAUUUCGUCAACGGAGACUACACGCAGGUGAUUCUGCUUACUGCUGCAGUUUUCUUGACGACCGUGUUAGAAGCGGCAACUGCACAGAUUGACAACUUAGUGCUGCCUCUCUUCCUCUACACAACGUGCAAUCUGGUUGAUUGCUAUCGAGUGUGA